AUGUAUUCGCACCUUUCGGGCGGUCGUGUUAAUAUUCAGCUGUUGCAAGAGGCGGCUGUGCGUGAGUUUGUAAAGAUAUUGGAUCGGUGCGAGGGAACAAAGGCCAUCAUUUGGGAUGAGUCACUAGGCGGACCGGUCGGGUUGGUGGCCCGCUACACUUUCCUCAAAGAACACCACGUCACGAAAAUGUACCCAUUGCGACCCGAACCCUGGACGGAUAUUGAUGUAAAGAACAUUAUCUUCAUAACACGCCCAAACCAAGCGCUAAUGGACUACAUCGCCAACAACAUACACGAGGAGGAAAAGAAAAGGAAAGGUUCGUACGGGGUUGUUGGUUGUGAAUACUUUUUGUAUUUUCUACCCAAAAAAUCAUUCCUAUGCGAGAAGCGGCUGCAAAUUAAAGGAGUACACGGAAGUCUGUCUUUCAUCGGCGAAUUUCAGUGCGAAUUUUUCCCCUUUGAUAACGAUCUUCUCUCGAUGGAACUGAAGGAUGCCUAUAAGGAGCUAUAUAUCGAAGGUGACACAAGUAGUCUGCAUCAGUCGGCAUGUGCGCUGGUGGCACUACAGAAGCUGUACGGACGCAUACCCAAAGUAUACGGAAUUGGAAGCUACGCCCAGCGCGUCUGGGAAAUAACCAAAGCACUGACCGAGGAGAACGGUCACACUAUGAACAACGAGAAAGGGGUCAUAGAUCAGAUGCUCAUCAUAGACCGAUCGACCGAUUUGAUGAGUAUUCUGGCGACUCAACUCACCUACGAAGGGUUGAUAGAUGAAAUCUUCGGCAUCAAUAACACUACCGUGAAUUUACCAGCAGAAAAGUUCAACGCCGGUGAGGGCAUGUCUACCGAACGAAACACUGAAAAAAGUCAAUUUAUACUGAAUUCAAAGGAGCAACUGUACACUGAGCUGAGAGACAAGAAUUUCAACGCAGUUGGAGCAGUGCUGUCACGAAUGGCGAAACUAAUUCGAUCGCGUGCCAAUGAAAAUCACGGCGAAAAGACAAUUCAGGAACUGAAAAAGUUCGUCGAAAGCCUGCCGCACAUAAAAUCGAAUGAGCAAUCGCUUGCAACACACACUACUAUUGCGGAGUUGGUUCAGGACGUCAUUUCUUCCAAUGCAUUUCUCGACGUGCUGGGAUGCGAACAGGAGUUUAUACUAUGCUCCGAUGUGGAUAAGCCAAAUAGCUUUAUCGAGGAUAUGAUCGCAAACGAGGCGCCUCUGCGCAGCGUCUUGCGAUUAAUGUGCAUGCAAUCAAUUGCGGGAUCCGGCCUUAAACCGAAGGUGCUCGAUUACUACAAGCGCGAGCUGGUGCAGGUGUACGGGCUGAAAACGCUGCUGACGCUUGGAAAUCUUGAAAAAGCUGGUCUGCUUCGGCAGCAAACGGGUUCCCGUACGUAUCACGUGUUGCGCAAAACCCUUAAUUUAACUGCUGAAACGCCCGAGGAAGUGUCCCCGAAGGAUAUUACGUACGUCCACAGCAUCUACGCGCCUCUUUCCGUGCGUAUCGUUGAGCAACACCUCAAGCCAAACGGGUGGCAACUGCUGACCGAGAAACUGUCUUCGCUGGCAAGUCCGACUUUUGAAGACUUCCAGCCAUCGCUCAGUUUGGGCAACAGGCGGGGUUCUUUCACUAGCGAAAUUUCGCAGUCCGAUAUCCCGCGGGUGAUAGUGGUAUUUUUCGUUGGGGGCUGUACGUUUGCGGAAAUAUCUGCACUGAGAUUCCUCUCACAACAGGACGAAAACAACGUUGAGUUUGUUAUCUGCACUACAAAGCUCAUCAAUAAGAACACGUUCCUUGACACUUUCAUCGAAUACUAAUUUUUAAAAUAAAUGGUGAAAUGCCGAACCAAAAUGUACUAUUCCAACUCGUGC